AUGGAGGCAUUCAUUAAAAAGGAGGCAGAAGAAAAGUCCAAAGAAAUCAAAUUGAAGGCUGAUGAGGAAUACGAGAUUGAAAAGGCGUCCAUAGUCAGAGCAGAAAUCAAUUCCAUCGAUGUAUUGUAUGAAUCCAAGUUCAAGAAGGCUUCGCUGGCCCAACAAAUCACAAAAUCUACCAUAGCAAACAAGACCAGACUAAAGGUUUUGGCUACCAGAGAGCAAGUUCUCGAUGAUAUUUUCGAGAAUGCAGAGGAGGAGCUGAAAAAGAUCAGCAAGAACGAGAAAUCGUACAAGCCAGUUCUUGUUGGAUUGAUUGAAGAGGCUGUGCUGUCUCUUUUGGAGAAAUCCGUCACCGUCAGGGUGAGAAAGGCCGAUCUGGAGCUUGCCAAGUCUGCUGCCGAAGAGGCCUUGAAGAACUUUGAAGAGAAGGCCAAAUUUUCUGCCACAAUAACUUUUGACGAGACCAACUUUCUGGACCCAGAGAUCGCUGGAGGAGUUGUUGUGAUCAACGGCACUGGCAAGAUCGAGGUGAACAACACGUUGGAGGAGAGAUUGAAGCUGUUAUCCGAGGGCGCUUUGCCAGCAGUUAGAUUGGAGUUGUUUGGACCUUCAACCACCAGAAAGUUCUUUGAUUGA